AGAUUAAGAAAACCUCAAUAGAUUUAGUCACCCCUGCAACGAUUACAAAAUUUUUUCGAAAAGCAUUCAUUGAAAUUGCAAUGGACAAAAAAUUACUAACUGAACUUCUCCAAAUUUUCUAUAUGUAUAUAACUUGUGCAUAACACAAACCAAUAUAGACUCGUUAAAACUAAAAAAGCAUUAUGAAAAAAAUUAAGUAACCAAAAAAAAAAAAAAAAAAAAAAAUGGCGCGCAAAACCAAAAAGCUUUAACAUAAACCCUAAUUUUAGGGUUUAAUAUUAUCCAGACAAUCUCUUUCCUCUCAUUCUCUACUCUCAAAUCCUUUCCAUUUCCCCCCAUUUUUCAAUGGAAUGAACAUCCAUUCCUUCAAUUGCAACCUCCUUCCUUCAAAUCCUUCUUCCAUGGCUUUCUCUACCGCCGGCAUUCGCCUCUUCCGCUGCUACAACCACCAUUUAUGGCGGUCCCCUAGUUUCUCGAAGCUUCGGCCAUUUUCGGAGCUCCGUUUCUUCUCUGUUAAAAAUCCUCGGCGUCCAACGAUUCAAGCAAAGCGAAGGGAGGAGAGUGAAGCAGGGGCUGUUAAUGGAGAAGAUGGUAGUGGUAGUGUUUCUCUUUUGGAUAGGGGUAUUAGUGGUGAGAGGAUUGUACCUACUGAGCUUCAUAAGGAGGCUACUGAGGCUUAUAUGGCGUAUGCUAUGUCGGUUUUGCUCGGACGAGCUUUGCCCGAUGUUCGUGAUGGACUUAAGCCUGUUCAUCGGAGAAUUCUAUUUGCAAUGCAUGAAUUGGGCCUUUCAUCUAGAAAACCUUUCAAAAAGUGUGCUAGAGUUGUCGGAGAGGUCUUAGGAAAAUUUCAUCCGCAUGGAGAUGUUGCUGUUUACGAGUCAUUGGUGCGAAUGGCACAGGAUUUCUCUCUAAGGAGCCCACUCAUUCAAGGACAUGGAAAUUUUGGUUCAAUUGAUUCUGAUCCUCCUGCUGCAAUGCGAUACACAGAAUGUAGACUACAAGCAUUAACUGAAGCAAUGUUGUUGGCGGAUUUAGACCUAAAUACUGUAGAUUUUGUUCCUAACUUCGAUAGCUCACAGCAAGAGCCAUCACUGCUUCCUUCUCGUAUACCAAAUUUAUUGUUGAAUGGUUCUUCUGGAAUAGCGGUAGGAAUGGCUACUAAUAUCCCCCCUCAUAAUCUUGGAGAGUUGGUCGAUGCACUUUCUGUGUUGAUUCAUAAUCCAGAGGCUACACUUCAGGAGCUGUUGGAAUCCAUGCCAGCACCUGAUUUUCCGACUGGAGGUCUUAUUAUGGGUAACCUUGGAAUCCUUGAUGCAUAUCGGACCGGGAAAGGACGCAUUGUCAUAAGAGGAAAGACUGAGAUAGAACAAUUCGAUUCUAAGACUAAACGUACAGCUAUUAUUAUAAAAGAGAUACCAUACCAGACAAACAAAGCCACUCUAGUUGAGAAGAUAGCUGAACAUGUUGAAAAUAAGAAUCUAGAAGGAAUAAGUGACAUCCGUGACGAAAGUGAUCGUUCUGGGAUGCGUAUAGUGAUUGAGUUGAAGCGGGGAGCUGAACCGUCAGUUGUUCUAAAUAACUUGUACCGUCUUACUGCACUUCAGUCCAGCUUCAAUUGCAACAUGGUUGGGAUUCUUAAUGGACAACCUAAACUGAUGGGCUUGAAAGAGUUGCUUCAGGCAUUUCUUGAAUUUAGGUGCUCAGUUGUUGAAAGACGUGCUCAGUUUAAGCUUUCACAAGCACAGGCGAGACAGCAUAUUGUGGAGGGUAUCAUUGUGGGGCUUGAUAAUUUAGAUGAAAUUAUUCAAGUAAUCAGGAAAGCAUCAAGCAAUGCAAUGGCAUCAGCAGAUUUGAUGAAUAAGUAUAGUUUGUCUCAGAAACAAGCUGAAGCUAUAUUGGAUAUUAAUCUAAGAAAGCUUACUGUUCUUGAGAGAAACAAAUUUGUUGAUGAGGGUAAAUCGCUGAUGGAACAAAUCUGUAAAUUGGAAGAGUUAUUGUCGAGCAAGAAACAAAUUCUUCAGUUAAUUGAACAAGAGGCUAUUGAACUGAAGAACAAGUUCGCAACUCCCAGGCGCUCCAUGCUGGAUGAUGACGAAGGUGGUCAGGUGGACGACAUUGAUGUUAUUCCCAAUGAAGAAGUGAUCUUGGCUAUCAGUGAAAAGGGUUAUGUUAAGAGAAUGAAACCCAAUACAUUUGCUGCUCAAGGACGUGGAACUAUAGGUAAAUCUGUUGGGAAAAUGCGAGUGAAUGACAUGAUGUCUGACUUCCUUGUCUGCCAUGCUCAUGAUCAUAUACUUUACUUCAGUGAUAAGGGUAUCGUUUACUCUUCCCGUGCAUAUAAAAUUCCAGAAUGUACACGCACUGCUGCCGGCACACCAUUGAUACAGAUCUUGUCAUUGUCAGAUGGUGAAAGAAUAACAUCCAUCAUUCCCGUGGGUGAAUUUGUUGAUGACCAAUAUCUAGUAAUGCUCACAGCCAAUGGGUACAUCAAGAAAGUGUCACUGAACUAUUUCUCAUCAAUCAGAUCAACAGGAAUAAUCGCUAUACAGUUGGUUCCAGAUGAUGAAUUGAAAUGGGUACGGUGUUGCACAAAUGAUGACCUAAUUGCAAUGGCUUCCCAAAAUGGAAUGGUCAUUCUUAGCUCUGGUGAUACUAUUCGAUCCCUUGGAAGAAAUACAAGAGGUACAACUGCCAUGAAACUAAAAAAUGGGGAUAAGAUGGCAAGCAUGGAUAUCAUACCUGCAACAUUUAGAAAAGAGUUGGACCAAAAUGUAGAUGAAUAUGGUAUAUGGAAGAAGGGAACGAGUGGUCCAUGGCUUCUUUUUGUUUCAGAAAGCGGCUAUGGGAAGCGGGUUCCAUUGAGCAGCUUCCGCCUGUCACCCCUAAAUAGGGUUGGUUUGAUUGGAUAUAAAUUUGCAUCUGAAGACCAAUUAGCUGCUGUUUUUGUAGUAGGAUUUUCACUCUCAGAAGAUGGAGAAAGUGAUGAACAUAUCAUCUUGGUUAGCCAGAGCGGAACCAUCAACAGGAUUAAAGUUCGUGAUAUCUCGAUACAAUCACGUUAUGCCAGGGGUGUUAUUCUCAUGCGGCUUGAUCAUCUUGGGAAGAUUCAGUCAGCGUCUUUGAUUUCUUCAGCAGUAGGUGAGCCUGAUGAAGAUGAAGUUGUUCAACUACUAGGUGAAAUUGCUGGAUGAGGAGUUCAAACACUGUAUUAUAUACAGAAAGAUUGUCAUUUUUUGUAUUGGAUCUGUAUAUAAAUUAAGAAACUGUGGUUUUGGUGCAUACUAGUAUAUAACAUGUCUUCUGGUGUCACGUUGCAGUUUGUUUUAGUCCUAAUCUACCUUGUUUAUUUUUUUGUA